UUGCCAUAGGCCGCACCCUCUUCCCACCGAAAAAAUUUCCGGGAGCCAACCCGCAAUCUGAAAAAUCAUUAUUCGCCGACGUCGUCGCUUCUCCGGUUGCCGCCGCCGGUUGUAUUUUUCACAUCUUACUCACCUCCUUCAAUCGUUGAAAAGAAUUCCCAGAGUUUGGGCGGAGCGGAGUGCUAGGUUUCCGAGGAAGAUGGUAAGUCAGAGGCAGAGGCUGGCGCGGAAGCGAUUCCGUGAAGCUAACCCUCAUCUGUUUCCGAAGCCCGAGCCUCCCAAGGAUCCAAAGUCGAAGAAACAAAAGAAGAAGGAGAAGUUGAAGAAGAGAAUAGACUCGAUAAAGGCAAAAAUCGAAAGGAGGAAUGGCGCCGGUAAUCAGAAGAAGCAUCCGCUCAGACUUCCUGGAAUGAGGCCGGGGGAUGGAUGCUUCAUAUGCAAAUCUAAGGAUCACAUUGCCAAGCUCUGUCCUGAAAAAGCCAGCUGGGAGAAGAACAAGAUUUGCUUGCUUUGUCGGCACCGUGGGCAUAGCCUCAAGAAUUGCCCAGAAAAGGAUGAAACUACUGAGCAGAAGUUCUGCUACAAUUGUGGAGAAGUUGGCCAUUCACUAUCAAAAUGCCCUCAGCCUAUUCAAGAUGGAGGUACAAAGUUUGCAAGCUGCUUUGUUUGUAAUGAGCGUGGACACUUGAGCAAAUAUUGUCCUAAGAAUACUCAUGGAAUUUAUCCGAAGGGCGGUUCUUGUAAAAUUUGUGGCGAAGUGACUCACUUGGCCAAGCAUUGUCCAAAGAAAGCUGACAAACAUCUUACUUCAUCCGGAACAGAUAAGACAUCUAGCAAGUUCGACGAAGAUCACCCCGGCAAGUGCAACAUCCUUCGCAGUGGCGAUGACCUGGAAGAUGAUUUUGUGAUGGAAGACAUUAACAGUGGUCAGAAGAAUGGAGGGACUGUAGCUAUUAAUGUAAAAGCAAAGAAAAAAGAGCCCAAAGUUGUAAAUUUUCUUGGCUGAUUUCAAUAAAACUAUCCAUAAUCCUUGUAAUUUAGAUAGUAUUUGGUAUUUUAAGUUGGACUAAUUAGGAUAUCCAAGUUGUAUCAGGUUCUAGAAAUCCAGUUGAUGAUGAAAUUUGCCUGGAUAUGUUGAAAGGCUGACAAAAAUGUUCCUGAUCA